UGCGAUCAAAGCAUCAGAAGAGUAGUGGGUUUGAGCUUGGAAGCUCGAAAGCUGAGUGGUUCGAUACCACCUUCUCUGGGCUUGAAGGUCAAAUUCCAUCCCAAUUCUUCACGUUAACCAAGUUGGAGCUUCUCGGGUUUGGUGUCAACAAUUUGACUGGAACUAUCCCACCUUGGAUAGGUAAUUUUUCUUCAAUGCUUCGUUUGUCAUUCGCAAAGAACAACUUUCGAGGAGACAUUCCCAAUGGAGUUGGACGUCUGCAUAGAUUGAAAUUCUUCUCAGUUUAUGGAAACUACUUCACAGGGUCAGUGCCGCUUUCAAUCUAUAAUAUAACUUCUUUGAAUUAUUUUUCUGUUACUCAGAAUCGAUUGCAAGUCCUAGUACCACCAAAUAACGGAUUUUCUCUUCCCAAUCUUCAGAUCUUUUAUGGUGCUAUCAACAAUUUCAACGGGCCUAUUCCCGCGUUUUUUGCGAAUGCCUCAAGUCUUCAAGAAAUAGAUCUUUCUGAGAAUAAUUUCACUGGUAAAAUACCUGAGGACUUGGGGAACUUAAACGACUUGGUGUUACUAAAUUUUGAUGACAAUAGACUUGGAACUGGGAAAGUUGGUGACUUAAGUUUUAUCAGUUCCUUGACUAAUUGUACCAGUCUAAGCAUACUGGGUGCUGCUGGGAAUCAUUUUGGUGGAGUAUUGCCUCCAUCUAUUACCAACUUGUCAGACCAAUUCACAAGCCUAACCUUAGGUGAAAAUAUGUUAAGUGGAGGCCUUCCAGUAGGGAUUGAAAACUUGAUUAACUUGCAGGUUUUCACUGUGGAAAAUAACUACUUGAAUGGUAGUGUCCCUCUCAAUGUUGGUAAGCUUCAAAACUUGGCCAAAUUGUAUUUGCAAGGUAACAAACUAAGUGGGCCAAUUCCAUCAUCCAUUGGUAACUUGUCCUUGAUCAUCGAGCUUCGUUUGAAUGAUAACGAACUUGAUGGAAGUAUACCACCAAGCUUAGGACGAUGCAAAAGACUUCAAGCUCUUGACCUAUCUAAUAAUAAGCUAAGUGGUACCAUACCCGAGGAAGUUCUCAGUCUCCCUUCCCUUUCACUCUUUUUGGCCUUGGCUCAGAACUCACUUACUGGUCCAUUACCAGCUCAAGUGGGAGAAUUAAUUAGUUUAUCUGAGUUGGAUCUGUCAGAGAACAUGUUAUCAGGAAAUAUUCCCGAAGACCUUGGUAAAUGUAUUGGCCUGAUUCAUUUGUUUUUGGAUCAUAACCUAUUUGAGGGAACAAUUCCUCAAUCUUUGGAAGCUUUGAAAGGUCUAGAAGCACUUGAUCUUUCAAGCAACAACUUGUCUGGGCCAAUUCCCCAAUUUCUUGACCAGUUUCUCUCACUCAAGUAUCUCAAUCUAUCCUAUAAUGACCUAUGUGGUGGUUUGCAACACUUGCAUUUACCUCCAUGCAUGCCUAACCCAACACAUUCAUCCAACAAAUUUCUGACAAAAAAAGUGUUAGCCUGUACAAUAUCUACAGUCGCAUCUGCCAUUAUUAUUUUGAGCAUCCUUCUUGUGUGUUUAAUGCUUAAGAAGUCGAGGAAGAAUGCUUUGAAUUCAUCUUCCAACUCCAAGGAUUUUGUAUUGCAAGUUUCUUACUUACAACUCAGUAGAUCAACUAAUGGGUUCUCUAGAGACAAUUUGAUUGGUUCAGGUAGUUUUGGUUCUGUGUAUAAAGGUUCUCUGUCAAAUGAUGGAUUGAUUGUUGCAAUCAAAGUUGUAAACCUCCAACAAGAAGGUGCUUCCAAAAGUUUUGUUGAUGAAUGCAAAACUCUCGCAAAUAUACGACAUCGAAAUCUACUAAAGAUCAUAGCUUCUGUCUCGAGCAUCGAUGGACAAGGCAAUGAGUUUAAAGCUCUAGUUUUCGAUUUCAUGUCGAACGGUAACCUGGAUCAUUGGCUUCACCCUACAAAUCAAGGGGAGAAUCAAAGAAGGCUGAGUCUUAUCCAGAGACUGAAUAUUGCCAUUGAUAUUGCUUGUGCAUUAGAUUAUCUUCACAAUCAUUGCGAAACACCUAUUGUUCACUGUGAUCUAAAGCCUAGCAAUGUAUUGCUGGACGAUGAUAUGGUAGCCCAUGUAGGGGACUUUGGUUUAGCAAGAUUCAUGUUGGAAGGCUCAAAUGAUCAAUCAUCUUUCAGCCAAACCAUGUCACAUGCGCUUAAGGGGUCGAUCGGGUAUAUCCCUCCAGAGUAUGCCACUGGGGGUAGAGUUUCCAGUGAAGGAGAUAUUUUCAGCUACGGAAUACUACUAUUGGAGAUGAUCAUUGGAAAAAGACCCACAGACAGCACGUUUCACAGUGGCGUAGAUAUUCACAUGUUCACUUCAAUGGCAUUGUCUCAUGGAGCGUUGGCCAUAAUUGACCCUUAUUUGCUAUAUGAAGAAAGACGUUGUCAAGAAGAAGAGAAGGAAGACAGAAUACAAGAAAUAGCAAUAAUGAUGGGUGAAGAUAAUCAUGGUAGAGAAACUGUACCAAGAUGGAUGGAGGAAUGUGUAGUUUCAAUAAUGAGAAUUGGGUUAUCAUGCUCUUCAACUGUGCCUCGAGAAAGAACGUCCAUGAAUAUGGUUGUUGACGAAUUGCAGAAAAUAAGAAGCUCCUAUCUCAAGUUUAAGAAGGCACAAACACAAGGAUCAGUCGAUAUUUGUUCCCCCAACCUUGAGAGACAGAAUGAUUGUGUUUUGGCCGCAAUGGGUUCCUGAAGUAGCAGCAGGCAGCAGCACCAUUAAACUUCCUAAUUUAUGUGUCCUUUGAAUAGUCCUGCCCAAAUUAUCAAUUUUUUUUUUUCUUUUUGUCAGAUGAAGAAAUACAUAAGGUGGUCAUCAAUGCCCUAAACCCUUCAAAUCUUACGUAAUUCAACCGUUUCCAUGACGUCCAAAAAAUUCGGAUGACGUCAUUAUCCAAUUAAUUUUAAAUAAAAACAAGGAAAUACUACUAUUUUUUU